AAGGGAGCUGAAGGCCCCUGGAGACUUCCCAGGAAGAGCUGCAGCUGUGUCCGAUGAGGUCACAAAGCUCCUCCACGAAGGCUCCUCCCCCAGGCCAGGGCUGAGCACCCCUGCAGGGCCAUGUCCAAGCCCUGGGGAAGCUCCACCCUCUGGAACCGCUGAAGUCCGAGGGUCUGGGGCCAGUGGGCUGGGGGGCUGGCACCCUGCCUCCGUGUCCCUGGUGACCGACACUUUCUGCAGCCAUUAUGAACCGGCUCUGGAACAUCAGGCGUUGGGAGCCACUCCAGGGCCCCCUGAAGUGGGUCCCCACCCUGGGCGAGCUGCAGAAGACCCUCCAGAAGGGCGAGUACUUGCCCCUCCGCCCGCUGCCCAUGUUCGAGAGUAACUUUGUCCAGGUGACCAGUCGAGGGGCCCCAGUGUAUGUGCACCACAGAACCAACCAAGUGACCAUGGGCGUGGCUGCCUCCCUGCCAGGCCUGGUGUUGCCAGACAUCCUGCUGAUGGCCCAGCCCGCCGCGGGCAGGGAGCGCUCCAGCCUCGUCCUCACCAGGAUGAUCCCGCUGGACCUGGCCCACCUCUACGUCCACGACCUGUCUGCCUGGCACCUGAAGCUGCGUCUGGUCAUGGGCCGCCGCUAUUACCUGGAGCUGGACGCCCCUGACAAUGAGGUCAGCUUCCUGUUUGACUGCUGGAUCCGCCUCAUCAACCUGCUCCAGCAGCCCGCCACCUCCUGGGUCCCCAGGACCCUCCACACGCCCCCCACGGACCCGGGCCACGUGGCACCUCCAGGUGGGCGUUUACUUGAGACCCCUUCACUCUGUAUCUCAGAGGACAGCCCUGAAAUGCCCUUGCUGGGCUCCUGUGAUCACUUGCAUAUGUACCCGUGGUGCAACGAACAGGCCAGGCCUCUGGACUCCGUGCAGAGACUGUGGCCGCCGCCCUCCCAGAAGCCCCCAGCCAUCCCUGCUGCCUCUUGUAAGGCUCCAUUCAUCCUUGACCAAUCCCAGAAGUUCUUGGCUGUACCUGCUCCAUCCCGGAAAGCGCCAGCUUUUCCUGCUGCUCCCCAGGAGGCCCCAGCCACACCUGCCCCAUCUCAGAAGGCCACACAUGUAUUGGCUACUCCCCACAAGGCCCCAGCCAUGCCUGCCCCAUCUCAGAAGGCCGCGUAUACACUUGCUGUUCCCCUGAAGGCUGUGUCCCCCCCUGCUCCAAACAGGAAAUCUGUGUUCCUACCUACCCUGUCCCAUAAGGCUCUGACCUUACCUACCCAAUACCAAAUGACAAUGGACCCUGCCACCACGGGCGUGUUGCCUGCGGGAAGUCACAGAGGAGAUGUGCUUGAGAAAAGCAAGCCUGAAGGGAAGCCAGAGCUGGUGUUGAUGGGCACCCAGGAGACAAACAUAGUAGAGGUGAGGACUCAGAAAACAUCCCUGGAGCUGCCUUUCACCACCACCGAGAAGGAGUCGGAGGAAGUCCUGGUCAGCAGAGCCCAGGAUGUCACCGCGGAUGGCUUGAAGGGCAAGGGCAAGUUGGAGGACAAAGUCCGCAGGAUGAAGGAGGAGAUCUCUCUGAACAUGCUGGGCUUCAAAUCCAAGGAGGUGGGGCAGCAGCAGAAGUGGAUCAAGACCCAGGAGCUGGCCAUCGAGGAAGCCUCACAGGGGCAGACCAGGCCCUUCUCAGUGGAAGGGCUCACCCGUGCCAAGCUGAUGAUCACUGCCAGUUCCAAGGAUCCCUCCUUGAGAUCAGCUCUGUUCAAUCUGCCCUCCUGGCUCUCAACCCAGCAGGGGUCUGCCAUGCCAACUAUGGACACGGUACCCCUCAGCACCACCAAGGUGUCCUUGCUGGAGGAGAUGCCGGUGGUGGUCAGGGAGCAGCCACAGUUGGGGGCCUGGGCGACGGGGAACACGCAUCCAUGGGCGGAGGUGGAGGAGGUGCCCCGGGACCCAAAGGGGCCUUCCAAAGCGUCCCCUUUCCCCAAGUGUGCCACCAGCAGCCCCAAGGUGAAUGCUGCCUCCCUGACUCCCAUCUCUCUGCCCUCAGCGAGGUGGGAGGACAUAACGGAGUCUCCUACCUCUCUGACCCCUGUCUCAAAGAUGGAGGCCAGGGUCUCCCAACAGCCCAGGAGAGUAUCUCAAGAGCCCAAGAGGGUGCCGAACCAGUGCCCCAUGGCCACAGUGGGGUCGUCUUUGGAGGUUCUCUUGCCCACUCUCUUGGAAAUUGAGAGUAUGAAGGACAUGGCCUCCAAGGUGGAGAAGAUAGAGGAGGAAGUGGGCAUCUUUGCUCCUUCGCCCAGGUAUUUGGGGUGACAGCUAACGUGUAUUGUCAACUCUGUUAUCCACGAGGUAGAGAGGAUCAUUCCUUCUUUUUCCACUUUCCUUUGUGCUCUCAGUGUAUAGUGAGUGUCAACUACGUGCCAGGCAUCAUUCUAUGCACUAUGGACAUGGCAUUGAGCAAUUUGGGGAGGGGGUGCUCCUGGUAUCUUUUGGGUAGAGUCCAGGGACGAUGCUCAACAUCCCACAAUGUACGCGAUGGUGCCCCACAGCAAAGUGUGAUCCUCCACAAAAUAUCAGUAGUGCUGAAGCUGGGAACUCUGACAAUAAAAUCCACAGUAAUUAUAUUGUACAUUAUUAGCUGAUAGGGCUCCGGGCAAACAGCAGGGUAGGGAGGGCUACGAGUGGGGGUAGGCAGCUUCCAGUAUUGGAUUGGGUGGUCCGGGAGGGCCUCAGUGAGCUAGUGUCAUUUGUGUAAAGAUCUGAAGGAGGGGAGUGAGGAAGCCAUGUGGACAUCUGGGGAAAUUCGUUCCCUUCAGAAGGAACAACCACUGCAAAGUCCCUGAGGCAGGAAUGUGUACGAUGUGCUGGACCAAGAGGGAGCUCCAGGACAGCCCAGAGUAGGAAUUGUGGUCACAGGAGUCACGAGGGUGGCACCAUCAUGUGGGGCCAUCUUAAGUACUUUGGGUUUGAUGCUG